AAUCUGCUCUCUGGGGAGUGAGGGACACACAGUGCUGCCUGUAGAGUGAACAGGAGUCGUUUGGGGAAGAAAAGGAGAAAUUUCCAGGGGCAAUUGCUCAGGGAGUGAGGGCUGGAGAAAGCUGCCUGUGCGUGGCUGCGGCACAGAGCAAAGAGGAGAGAGAGGAGACGGGUCUGAAAACAGCUAAGGACGCGGCAUAUUGUCAGAGGAAGGGACCGGGGAGAGAGCAGCGCUAGUUCCGGAGGGAGCCUCGGAGGGAGCAGAAGAAUCGGCAGACUGAGGGAGGGAGGAGGGGUCCAGAGGCAGCGAGGCAAGGCCAGGUCCGGGCCAAGGCCGAGGGCGGCACCAUCACUGAGGGGAUGAACUUCGCAGUGGGUUUCAAGCCGCUGCUAGGGGAUGCACACAGCAUGGACAGCCUGGAGAAGCAGCUCAUCUGCCCCAUCUGCCUGGAGAUGUUCUCCAAGCCGGUGGUGAUCCUGCCCUGCCAGCACAACCUGUGCCGCAAGUGCGCCAAUGACGUCUUCCAGGCCUCGAACCCUCUGUGGCAAUCCCGGGGCUCCACCACCGUGUCUUCGGGAGGCCGUUUCCGCUGCCCAUCUUGCAGGCAUGAGGUUGUCCUGGACCGACAUGGUGUCUACGGCCUGCAACGAAACCUGCUGGUGGAGAACAUCAUCGACAUUUACAAGCAGGAGUCUUCCCGGCCACUGCACUCCAAGGCUGAGCAGCACCUCAUGUGCGAGGAGCAUGAAGAGGAGAAGAUCAACAUCUACUGCCUGAGCUGUGAGGUGCCCACCUGCUCUCUCUGCAAGGUCUUUGGUGCCCACAAGGACUGUGAGGUGGCCCCACUGCCCACCAUUUACAAACGCCAGAAGAGUGAGCUCAGUGAUGGCAUCGCGAUGCUGGUGGCGGGCAAUGACCGUGUGCAAGCCGUGAUCACACAGAUGGAGGAGGUGUGCCAAACCAUUGAGGACAACAGCCGGAGGCAGAAGCAGCUGCUGAACCAGAGGUUCGAGACCCUGUGCGCGGUGCUGGAGGAGCGGAAGGGCGAGCUGCUGCAGGCGCUGGCCCGCGAGCAGGAGCAGAAGCUGCAGCGUGUCCGGGGCCUCAUCCGCCAGUACGGGGACCACCUGGAGGCCUCCUCCAAGCUCGUGGAGUCCGCCAUCCAGUCCAUGGAGGAGCCACAGAUGGCGCUCUACCUGCAGCAGGCCAAGGAGCUGAUCAAUAAGUGAGUAGGCGGGGCGGGAG